GUGGGAACGCGGUCGAAUUACCGCCGGAAGCUUCGCCGCCGGGUCGGAUCCUCUCGACCCAAUUAAAGCUUUUCCACUUAAAAGGAGAGAGCGGUGGUAAAACACAACUCGAGAAGAAAUCUCGUCUUACUCACUAGUCACUACAAUGAUGAUUGUUCACUGAAGCAUCAGAGAAGAAUAGAUUUACGCCGGAAGAUUCAGGUUUUUAACAGAUAGCUUGACCUAAGUUUUAAAUUUCUUGCGACUCCUUAAACACGAUGAAAUUGGCGUCGAGCUUGGUUCCUCAUCAAUGGCGUCUCUUAACAUCACCACAGGAUUGUCUACAAGCUUUCAUUUUCUCCACAGCUAACACCACAAAGUCUCGCACUUUCUGGUCUCCAACCUUGCGUCAAUGUCGGAAUCUUCAGACGGCUGUUUCUCCAAUCGUCAGUUCAAGCUACUUGCCCACUUCCUACAUUACUCAGAAGCAGAUUGAAAUCCCUACCUCCCCUGAAAAACAAGCGCCACCAGUGCAGGAAGGUUUGGGUGCUUUUCAAAAGCUCCCCAUGGUGAUGCCAUCUAUUGAUUUAUAUUGUUCUGCACUCAGAAAGUCCAAAAGAGUUCAACCAACCAAAGGCAUUGCUAAUAUUGCAAAGCGAGAAAGAAAUAGAGGUGCUAAGCAGCUUGAUGCAUUCAUGAAGGAAUUGGCUCUACCUUUAAAAGGAUACAUGGAAAAUUUUCCGAGGAAGAGACUGUUACAUCCAUAUGAAAGGUCUCUUAUUGAGUUGACACUUGGUGAAGGAAAGUAUGAGGAGGUGUUAGGAAAAGUUGAUUUUCUGAGGAAGAAGGUUCUAUCUGUUGGGAAAGAACAUGCUUCUCUCUGUGCUAAGGCUUUGUCAAAGAAAGAAGCAGAGGAACGCUUGAGCGAAGGUGUGGAGAAGCUUGAAUUGGUUUUCCAACAACAAGGGAGAGCUGUUGAUGAUUUGCUAAGUAUAGCGAAGGUUUUGAGGGCUAUGCCAGUUGUUGACUUGGAAAUGCCAACUCUUUGCCUUGUCGGAGCACCAAACGUUGGGAAAUCAUCGUUGGUCCGCAUUCUUUCAACAGGGAAGCCUGAGAUAUGCAAUUAUCCUUUUACUACCAGAGGAAUUCUGAUGGGUCACAUCGUUUUGAACUACCAACGAUUUCAGGUGACAGACACCCCUGGGCUUCUUAGGAGAUGUGAUGAGGAUAGGAAUAAUCUAGAGAAGUUAACUCUUGCUGUACUCACUCAUCUUCCAACUGCGGUCCUAUAUGUUCAUGAUCUAACUGGAGAAUGUGGGACUUCUCCUUCCGAUCAGUUUCGAAUUUAUAAAGAGAUGAAAGAGAGGUUUAAGGAUUACCUGUGGAUUGAUGCUGUGUCCAAAUGCGAUCUGCUGGGAGGCUCGCCGGUGAUCUAUGCCAAAGAAGAUAGAAGCAGCGAUGACGCGGAAAUCAUUAAGUACCGGGAAACAGGACCUGAUGAAUCAAUUCAUGUCUCGGUGAAAACAGAACAAGGUCUCAGUGAGCUAAAGAGCAAAGUGAAGGAAGUACUGAGUAAUGAGAUGGAAAAGAUCAAAAGUGGAGACAAGGUUGAUCAAAGUGGAGAAGAAGUUGAUCAAAGUGUUGGUAGUUGAUAGAUAGAGAUUUUGCCCAUUUUUAGCUUUUUCAUAUUGAUGUCUAAUUUGUUUUUGAUAUACUUAAAUAGGAUUAAAACAAACUUAAAUACAUUAAAUAUCAAAUCAUGAAUCAUUGAUGAUUGUG